AUGAGGACGGAGAACCAGAGCAGUGUGUCCAAGUUCCUCCUCCUGGGGCUCCCCAUCCCGCCACAGCAGCGGGGCGUGUUCUUCCUCCUGUUCCUGGGCAUGUACCUGACAACGGUGCUGGGGAACCUGCUCAUCAUCCUGCUCAUCCGCCUGGACUCCCACCUCCACACCCCCAUGUACUUCUUCCUCAGCCACUUGGCCUUUUCUGACAUUUCCAUUUCUUCUAUCAUAGUUCCAAAAAUGCUGAUGAAUAUGCAGGCUCAGCAAGGAUCCAUCUCCUAUGUGGGGUGCAUUUCUCAGAUAUAUUUUUUCAUACUUUUUGGCUGCCUUGACAAUUUCCUUCUUGCAGUGAUGGCCUAUGACAGGUAUGUGGCCAUCUGCCACCCAUUGCGCUAUGUCACUGUCAUGAGGGAGGAGCUGUGUGUCUCAUUAGUAGCUGUGUCCUGGUGUUUCAGUUGUGCCCAUGCCUUGCUGCACACCCUCCUGUCGGUCCAACUGUCCUUCUGCACUGCUAGCACCAUCCCCCACUUCUUCUGUGACCUCACUGCCCUCCUGAAGCUGAGCUGCUCAGACAUCUGCCUCAAUGAGCUGGUCAUCUUCACUGAGGGGGGAGUGCUUUUUAUCCUGCCUUUGAGUAGUAUCUUGGGCUCUUAUAUUUGUAUAGGAACCACUGUCCUCAGGGGCCCCUCUACUAAGAGAUUCUUUAAAACUUUUUCUACCUGUGGCUCCCAUCUCUUUGUAGUGUCUUUAUACUAUGGGACACUUGCAGCUGUGUACUUUUUCUCUUCAUCAUGGAACUCCAAUGACAAAGAAAUAAUUGCUUCUGUUAUUUACACAGUAGUUACCCCCAUGCUGAACCCCUUCAUCUACAGCUUGAGGAACAGAGUUAUAAAACAGGCUCUAGAAAUAGUUGUCAAUAGGGCUAACUUCUUUAAGUGA